UUCCGGUGAACGCGACCAACGAGUUCCGGUUUGAAGGGACUGUCAUGGCGGCGCCCAUAGCGAUACAUCUCGAGUUCGGAGGAGGAGCCGAACUCCUGUUUGACGGAGUCAAGGAUCACCAUGUGACACUUCCCAGCCAAUCAGAGCCCUGGGACGUGAAGCAGCUGCUAGUGUGGAUUCAGAAGAACUUGCUGAAGGAGAGGCCCGAGCUCUUUGUGCAGGGAGAUUCUGUGAGACCCGGUAUUCUCGUAUUGAUCAACGAUGCGGACUGGGAACUGAUGGGUGAGUUGGAGUACCAGCUUCAGGACCAGGACAAUAUUGUGUUCAUCUCCACACUUCAUGGAGGUUAAUGGACUCUAAAAGAUCACAUACGUAUAUCUAUAUAUAUCUGUAUAUAAAUCUAUAUAUCUGUGUGUGUGUGUGUGUGUGUGUAUGUGUGUGUGUAUAUGUAUGUGUAUAUAUACAUACACACACACACACACCAUAUAUCCACGCCUUCAGUCUCGAUGCUCUGCGCUACCCAUCCUCCAUCCACCAUCCUCUCGACCAAUCUGGUGAGCCCGUCUUGACUUGUUUUGAUUUUUUAGCCCAAUUAAACGGCACAUCAGUGGAACGCGGGUUGAGACAGGAUCGUCUCGGCGCUCUACCUGCCCCUCGGUUCGAUGGAUGGGGUCACAUCGGGGCACAUUCAGAGGUCAUUCCGUCUAGCCAACGUCCAGAUGGAUUCUCCAGAGACGUGCACCAAUCACUCACACUCUCGCCUCAAGAAACGGCAAAAUUUCCAUUUUCAUUUGAUUACGUCUGGAUAUCCUUGGGUUUUUUUUCCUCUUGUUUUUGAAAAAAUAAAUGUGAUUUUCUUUUUAUAAUGAUAUUUUUCUGAUACUUAAAUGCUGUUUUAUUUUGUUUAUGGGGGGUGGACUAGUUUUAAUAAAUGCCUCAUCGAUUUUGAGGUUCACGGAAUAAGUCAAAUAUAAACGCUGAAGUCUAAUACAUUUCGGCUGCCUGUCUCGUGGCUUCUAUUUCUGCCUGGGAUUUUCGACAUCACCUUGACAUUUUAUCUCCUGUUUUUUUUAAAGAAGAAUAUGAUAUGGGGGAUCUCCCGCUUAGGUUUAUCAUAAAGCUUUUGCGCCCAGUGUCACCAGAUCAGGAUUUUUUCUUCCCUAUACAAAAUGGUUUUAUUUUUACCUACACAGGCCUUUAAACAGUGGCUUUGUGCAAGGUACAGAAUUUAGGAUGAUUUUGUUAGUGCCUUGUGUCAUGUUUAGAAAUAAUUUUUUUUUAAAUAUUUUGUUCUUUUUGGUCCUAUUUUUAGAAAUUCUUUUAUUUAUGUAUUCUUUUAUUUAUUUUUAGAAAUGACCAGACAGUUUUUUUUUCAUUAAAAAAAGCAAUAAGUGCAAAUUUACUUGAAAAAUGUUUGGUAUUAUAAUGUUAUUAGGUAUUUUAGGUUUUAUUUAAUAAAUAAUACAUGCUGAAAAGGA